AUGCAGCCCGCCAGCUCAGUCAGCGGCAGACAAAUGAGGCUGGCGACUGCCUACUGGGCGGGGGCGAGGCGCGUAGAUAAGCGCCGACCCGUGUCUCCAGGUGGCUGCGUGGGUGGCGGCGGUGGCGGCGGCGGCGGCAGCGGGACGAAGCCACGCCACAGCGCCGCUCGUAGCGAUGUGACCACUCGAAACUCGGCCUCCUCACUAACACACUUUCCCUAUCUGGCACCUACAGCUGAUGAAAUACUGUCGCGAAAUACACUCCUGGAAAUUGAAAUAAGAACACCGCGCUACGGCACCAAGUGCGGCGGCUGCGCGCAGGGCAUCUCGCCGCAGGACCUGGUGCGCAAGGCGCGCGACAAGGUCUUCCACCUCAACUGCUUCACGUGCAUGGUGUGCCGCAAGCAGCUGUCCACCGGCGAGGAGCUCUACGUGCUCGACGACAACAAGUUCAUCUGCAAGGACGACUACAUGUCGGGCAAGACGCACCAGGGAGGUGGUGUGGCGCCCACCUGGCAGCGCGAGCGCAGCGGAGGAGACGAGAGUGAGGGCGGCGACCACACGGCGCGCAGCGCGCAGCGGCGAGGGCGUAGCCGCGUGUCACGGAUGGCCGGGCGCGCCGCUCCGCCGACCGUGUCAACACGGCCGCUGCCCGCCCGGUACUGUCUGCCGCGCUACCCGCUACUUGCUAGCGCUGCCCCUGGAUCACAUUUGUAG